UGUGUGGGACAACGCUGUGUGUUUCUACGAAGCUUGGGCGAUUUUGACAAGCUAUUUUCUUUGUGAGACGUUAUUAGUCGUCGGUGUACCGACCCGUUUGGCACAAACACAGGCGUGGUGAGUAAUAGCUAAGGGGGUAGGGGAGGGGGGCGGGAAACUGGGGGGGAAGCGGCCAACGUUUAGGUCAAAAUGUCGAUUCAGUACGAGGAACAGCUGCCCGACGGCUACGGGGUUACGGACUCCUUCCCCAAAGAUUUCGGUUACGGGGAGGAUGAGGAGGCCGACAUCGAGGAAAGCCCGACAGCGUCCGACAGCAAACCGAGAAUCCUGCUCAUGGGUCUGAGGCGAAGCGGCAAGUCAUCCAUACAGAAGGUCGUUUUCCACAAAAUGUCUCCCAACGAGACCUUGUUUCUGGAGAGCACCAACAAGAUCUACAAGGACGACAUCUCCAGCAGCUCCUUUGUCAACUUCCAGAUCUGGGACUUCCCAGGUCAGGUGGACUUCUUCGACCCCACCUUCGACUACGCGAUGAUCUUCAGAGGAACCGGGGCUCUGAUAUUUGUCAUUGAUGCUCAGGACGAUUACGUGGAGGCUCUGGAUCGGCUGCACCACACCGUGUCCCAGGCGUACAGGGUCAACCCAGAGAUCAACUUUGAGGUGUUCAUCCACAAAGUGGACGGCUUGUCAGACGAUCACAAGAUCGAGACGCAGAGAGACAUCCAUCAGAGAGCCAACGACCACCUGGCAGACGCAAGUUUAGAGAAGCUGCACCUCAGCUUCUACUUGACGAGUAUAUAUGACCACUCUAUAUUUGAGGCCUUCAGCAAAGUGGUGCAGAAACUCAUCCCACAACUCCCCACAUUGGAAAACCUCUUAAAUAUCUUCAUUUCUAAUUCAGGGAUCGAGAAGGCCUUCCUGUUUGACGUCGUCAGUAAGAUCUACAUCGCCACAGACAGCUCACCUGUCGACAUGCAGUCCUACGAGCUCUGCUGCGAUAUGAUCGAUGUGGUUAUCGAUGUCUCCUGCAUCUAUGGUCUGAGGGAGGAUGGUAGCGGCAGCGCCUACGACAAAGAGUCCAUGGCCAUCAUCAAGCUCAACAACACCACUGUGCUGUACCUCAAAGAGGUCACAAAGUUCCUCGCCCUCGUCUGCAUCCUGAGAGAGGAGAGCUUCGAGCGUAAAGGAUUAAUAGAUUACAACUUCCACUGUUUCCGGAAGGCUAUCCAUGAAGUAUUUGAGGUGGGUGUUUCUGCCCAGCGACCGCUGGGCCCGCAGGCCGUGGGCUCGCCCUGCAACAAGGCCGUGGCUUUGAACGGCACGCCGCGCAACACCGUCUAACCACCAACACAAGAUAAGUACAAAUAAUAAUAAAAAGAUGCAACAUGAGGGUGGAGUAAAGAAAUCAUCAGGGAGUCUGCAGAGGAGAGACUACAACACCGGGGCUCACCAGUACACCAGUCACAAUCCCCUCGCUCCCACCGACUAAAGCUUUGAAAGAUGCCUCGAGCAAAGAGGAGGAGGAGGAGGAGGAGGAGGAAGAAUCUGGGCAUCUGUUUCAGGUGAAUGGACAGCACCGUGUUGACUGUGUGGAAGUUGAGAAACUGCUCCCGAACAGGAAAAAGUUCAGCUUCUUUCUUUUCUACAGCAGCCGGAGGCUGUGAUAAUUAGCUGCUGGUUCUUUUUUUUAUUUUAUUUGAACAACACGAGGAGGAAUAAAAACCUUAAAAACACGCUCACAUUCUGACCUCUGCUGGACAAACUGAUUAUGUCUAGUGGCAAACCGGACCACUUCUGUGCUGACAAAAAGACGGAGCGCUCGUCCUCACCCACCCGCGUUCAGAGAUGGCCUUACGCAGAAAAAGCUCGAUGGCAGCCGAGGCUUUUUUCUCACCGCCGCUCAUCUCACUGUAACCCAAUGCUGCGCACGGCUCACUUUUUGGUUUCACUCGGGAAGGAAGGGUUUGUGAGCAAACUGAGCAGGGACUGUGCUGUCCGUCUAACUGUGGUGUGUGUGUGUCUGUGGGUAUAAGUGUGUGUGUAUGUGUGAGUUUCAAUAAAAGGUUCUGAUGGUGUCCCAGCCCGGGCUUCUUGUCUGCAGAGACGGACCGUUCACUCAAAUGUUUCGUCUCUGUAACAGCAGCUCGACGUAAAUUAACCUUUUCAAUCAGUGAAAGUAAGUUCAAGUUAAAAAUUUACCUUUGUGGCUUCGUGAAGAUUAAAGAGACAUUCAGUUGGUCGUUUGAAGUAAGUCUUUGUUCAAGCACUGCCAAAUGAUAAAAAAAUCAAGUAUGCCAACAUUCAGCUAGAGAAAACUGGAGAUGCAGGACUGAUGAAGAGGUGCGGUUAGCUUUUAAACAGAUGGCGCCUUGCAUGUGUUUCACCCUACACUUUCAGUCCAGCUCCAAAUUAUCAUUUAGUUUUUUUUAGUUCUGACCACAAAGGUUGACAAGAACAUGAAGUUCUCAUUCCAAGCAUGUUUACAUCCGUGUGUUAACUUGUGUUGAUCUCAGCUGUAACACUGCUCAUUGUAAUCAAAGGUGAAAAUAAAGAGAUGCAUUUA